GCUAGGAUACCACGGUCUCCCACAAUCCUACGCGCGGCUUCCAGGCUGUCAGUUCCUGUAAGAUGGCGGCCUCCUUGGUGCGGAGAGCAGGCGGACAGCUGGUUAGGCUGCCUUCUCUGCAGAGCGUUCGCCAUGGCUCGAAAGCUGUCACCCGUCACAGGAAAGCUAUGCAUUUUGAGAGGCAGAAGAUGAUGGCAGUCACAGAGUAUAUUUCUCCUAAGCUAGCAGUCCAAGAGGAAUGUCUCACACCAAGGACCAAAGCUACUGAAAAAGAAGAGGAUAACCCACUGAAGCGCCUAUUGGUCAGUCAGAUGAACACAGUACUGCAAGAAUGUAAGAUGGUGGCUGUCUUCCAACGGAAUUCCAUUGGGUCAGAGGAGUUGUUACUAUUAAGGCAUAAACUCCUGAAACAUGGGAUUCACAUAAAGCAUUUCCCCAAUAAGGUAGUAAAGACAUCUCUGGCACAGUUCCAUCUUCAAUCCAUGCAGCCACUGUUCCUAGGACAAACCUUCCUACUUGUCAGUCAUGAUGUGAAGGUGAAGGAAAUGCUGCAGAGUGUCAGAAAUGUUCCCCAGAUUGUGCUAUUAGGUGCCUGCAUUGAGAGCAGAUUACUGAGCCGACAGGGAGUUCAGGCCUACGCCAAGCUGCCUACACUGGAACACCUUCAAAGUCAGGUUGUAGGAACGCUCACACUGAUGGCAUCACAGACCUCCUCUCUGCUCACGCAACAUUCUACCCUACUCUGCGCUCAGUUAGAGCAGCAUAUUAAGGAGCAAAGUGGCGGGUCGAAGAAUUCUUAAUAUUUUCAAAUGUUAAUGUAAACAAUGUAGGAUGCUUGUAAUAAAAAUUACUAUGAGUCUAAAA